AUGACUGACGCAGUUACACAAAGUAUUCCAAGAAGAGAAAAAACAUGGGCAGAAUUAGCUGAAGAGGAAGAUGAGUAUUUGGAAGAAUUAUAAAAUUAAAUUUAAAAUGAAUAAAGUCAAUUAGCGGGAAAAUAAUUAACAAAUUUUCAGAAGAGAAUGAUUGAAAGAAUAUCAAGAUACGAAAAACCUAUAGAAGUGGGCUUAUAAUAAGUUCCUGAAAGGAUAAGAGAAGAGGAUAUUCUUAUCGCUUUUAAACAAUACUAUAUUAGAGAUUGCUCUUUCAAAAGACCAAAUUGGUUCUUUUAUUUGCCAAAAGAGCAGGCCAUUAAGUUGGUAGAAGAGAGCAAUUUAAGAAUCACAAUAAAAGGUGCAAAUCUUUUGAUAGUGAUGCUUCCAUUAAAAAUUUGA